ACAAAUCCAUGAAAAUGUUGCGAAAGAAAGAUGUGAUUCUUGGCGGGAUAGGAAGGUUAUAUUUAUUAUAAGAGAACCGAAAUUGUGGUUGAAAAGGUCUAGUGUAACCCUUGGAAAAGGAAGGUAAUAAGCUUAUAUGAAUCCGGGUCCCGAAACAAAACAGAACAGAAAAAAAGAAAAAAACUCCAAGCCCAAGAGACCACAACCAAAUCUCCACAAAUUCCAUCAACCAUUUUUCAAGUUUUGGUUCCAUUCCUUAGAGAUGUCCCGAACCCACAACAAGGGUGCAAGAAACUGAUUUUAUAUGGGCUUCGAUUGUCGAAUCAUGGGGAAAGGGGUAUUGAUGAUAUUGGUGCCGAUGGUGUUCUCCAUAAGCUGUUUGGCUCCAUGUUCAGCUUCUUCCUUCUUUAAGGAUAAGCUAUGGGAGAGGAGGAGGCCAACUCUGUCGGUGCCGAUCGCAUCCGCAUCCUCUUCGAUUCCUUCAUCCUCUAUUGUGCUGCCUCUUCAAGGGAACGUCUUUCCAAAUGGGUUCUAUAACGUUACCCUUUUUAUAGGGCAGCCUCCAAAGCCUUACUUUCUAGAUCCUGACACCGGUAGUGACCUCACUUGGCUUCAAUGUGACGCUCCAUGUCAGCAGUGCACUGAGACACCUCAUCCGCUCUAUCAACCAAGCAACGAUCUUGUCCCGUGUAAGGACCCUCUGUGUAUGUCCUUGCACUCAUCUAUUGACCACAGAUGUGAGAACCCAGAUCAAUGUGACUACGAGGUUGAGUAUGCAGAUGGAGGUUCGUCUCUUGGAGUCCUUGUCAGGGAUAUUUUUCCUCUCAACUUAACCAAUGGGGAUCCAAUUAGACCCCGUUUGACCCUCGGAUGUGGUUAUGAUCAAGAUCCUGGAUCAUCAUCUUAUCACCCCAUGGAUGGAGUACUUGGCCUUGGAAAGGGAGCAGUAAGCAUUGUUUCACAGCUGCACAAUCAGGGCAUUGUCCGUAACGUUGUUGGUCACUGUUUCAGCAGCAAAGGAGGAGGAUAUCUUUUCUUUGGGGAUGAUAUUUAUGAUCCGUAUCGCUUAGCUUGGACGCCCAUGUCACGGGACUACCCGAAGCACUACUCCCCUGGGUUUGGGGACCUAUUCUUCAAUGGAAGAAGUACUGGACUCAGAAACCUCUUCGUAGUUUUUGACAGUGGGAGCUCUUACACAUACUUCAAUGCUCAGGCUUAUCAAAUUAUAACAUCUUUGUUGAAUAGAGAACUAACUGGGAAACCGCUAAGAGAAGCCAAGGAUGAUGACACGCUGCCGCUCUGCUGGAGAGGGCGGAAUCCAUUCAAAAGCUUACGUGAUGUGAGAAAAUAUUUCAAGCCAUUGGCAUUGAGCUUUUCCAGUGGUAGAAGAAGCAAAGCAGUGUUCGAAAUGCCAAUGGAAAGUUAUCUUAUAAUAUCGUCCAAGGGGAAUGUUUGCUUGGGAAUUCUGAACGGCAGUGAAGUUGGGCUUGAGAACUCCAAUAUCAUUGGUGAUAUUUCGAUGCAAGAUAAGAUGGUAGUGUACAACAACGAGAAGCAAGCAAUUGGAUGGGCUACUGCUAUCUGUGAUCGGGUGCCCAAGUCUAGUGUUGGUAGCUUGUGAAGAUACAUGAUCAGAGAUCUUAUUCUGAAAGGAGUGUUUCAGGAGAAGUCCUUGGAGUUGGCAAUAGGAUAUAGAUAAAAUUUGUAUUAAAAGCUAAUGUAUGUAUACACAACAAUCAUAGCAACCGAACAAGUUGUUUGUAAUGUAACAUGAAAUACACUUGGAUUGAUUUACCAAGUGCAGUAAUAGAAUUGGAACUGACAUUAUUUAUUAA